UCUGGGAAGGCUGCCUCUCCCUCUCCUCCCAUCUCCCUCUGCUAAAGGAGAUGUCAGAGCGUUUGUACAAUGGAAGCACACACAGGAAAGUGACAGGCUACCCAGAUGCAAACGCAUGAUCUUUCUUGGAGAGAGAAGAGCAACACAAGAUGAAGACUCUGUUGCGCCAUGGGCUGGCAGUAUUCUUAGCUCUCACAACCAUGUGCACCAGCUUGUUGAUCAUGUACAACAGCAUUGGCAGUCUGAAAAACCAAACCCACCAACAGCAGCAGCAGCAAGCAGAUGCCAGGAGAAUGCCCAAGAAAUCAAACCACAAGGAGUCUUACUCUAACCAUGUUCUGGACGGGUAUAUCAGUAUCUCAGACCACAAGCCCCUGAAAAUGCACUGCGAGACAUGUGCACUAGUAAUGAGCUCUGGACACCUGCUGGGAAGUAAAGAAGGAAAACGCAUCGACCAGACUGAGUGUGUAAUACGUAUGAAUGAUGCUCCCACACGGGGAUAUGGACAAGAUGUUGGCAAUAAAACAAGCCUUCGAGUGAUUGCGCACUCCAGCAUUCAGAGGAUAUUGAGAAAUCGCAACGAGCUCUUAAACAUGAGCCAAGGAACUGUUUUUAUCUUUUGGGGACCAAGUAAUUAUAUGCGGAGAGAUGGAAAAGGUCUGAUUUACAAUAACCUACAGCUGAUAAGCACCAUACUACCUCGACUAAAAGUGCACAUAAUUACACGUCAUAAGAUGCUUCAGUUUGAUGAACUUUUCAAAAAAGAAACUGGAAAAGACAGAAGGACAUCGAACACUUGGCUUAGCACUGGAUGGUUCACAAUGACAAUAGCCCUAGAGCUCUGUGACAGGAUCAAUGUGUAUGGAAUGGUACCACCAGAUUUCUGCAGAAUGCCAAACCAUACAUUGGUACCUUAUCAUUAUUAUGAGCCCAUGGGAACAGAUGAAUGCACAAUGUAUAUUUCACAUGAACGAGCAAAAAAGGGAAGCCAUCACCGUUUUAUUACAGAGAAACGAGUGUUUGCUAACUGGGCACGGACCUUUAAUAUUCUAUUUUUUCAACCAGACUGGAAACCAGAAUCACAUUCUGGAAAGAAUCCGACUGUAAAACCAAUGUUCUGAAGAAGCGAAACGUCAAAAGGCAAUCAGAAUCAAGCACUUUGCAGAAGUGAAUGUCAAGUCUCAUGCCGCAACCAAACAAUCUUAGAAAAAAUAAAUAAAAAAAAUAAUAAUAAAGCUAAA